AACGAACGUAGGUAGACAUGCGUUGCCUGCGUGACCUCCGUCACUGUUUUAUGGUUCAAAAUAUUCAGGUUUUUAUACUGGAUGCAUUUACCACGUUGUAAUCACUUCAAUGGAUCCCAAUUUGGAAUACUGGCAUACCAACGGGCAGUCUUUCCUAAGCAGACUUCACAUCUGGUUGAAUGUUCUUGACCCCAGCUCUAUCCUGUCCUCUGAUGUUGAAAUUGAAAAUGCUCGUUCUCUGGUCAGAAGGGAAGGGAAUCAGCUGAAGAAUGAAGAGGUCCCCAAAGCAUGGAGACUUUCUCUUUCGUCUGUGCAUGCUGAUACGGGAGAGCCGAUUUCUGCUGCGUUUCGAUCACAAGCCUUUCUGCCUGUAUCAGCCCCUUUGGUCAUAGCAAGUUUUGUGCCACAUAAAGGAGUGACACCGGCCCUGUUUUGGCAGUUCAUGCUUCAGAGCUACUGUGCAGGUUUCAAUCAAGCCAACAGAAAUGUAUCAGCCACACCGGAGAACAAGCUCUCACUAAAACAGGCUCUUCUAAUUACUGGAACAGUGGCAUAUGCAACAUUUGCAGGGGCCCUUCCUCAAAUUAUAAUCCAGCGUUCGGGGGUCAGGAGUAUUUCAGCUCAGGUCUUCUGUAGGUCAGUUCUGCCUGUUCCUCUGUCAGCUUGCUUGGCUGCCUUUAGCGUCUUCGUCGUGAGAAGUGAGGAAUCUGAAAAUGGAAUAAAAGUCUUUGACGCCAACGGAAACGCGGUUGGCGUCUCUAAGGAAGCCGGAUUCAAGGCUGUAAAAGAGACGGCCAUAUCUCGAGCAGCUCUUUUCGGUACCACUGCAGUUGUUCCGAAUCUGUUAGUCCUCCUUCUCAGAAGAGCAAAGUUUGCCCAAAGAAACCUAAUGCUGCUUGCUCCUAUUAGACACAUCAGCACUGCCCUUGUCCUUGGCUUGAUGAUCCCUGUGUCCUUCAGUCUGUUUCCACAACUUGGCACGAUUAAAAAGGAGCAUGUAGAAAAGGAGCUACGAAGCGUAACCCAAGAUGAGGAGCUGUUUUACCACAGAGGACUUUAACCUUUACCUUCACCUAGCUUCUUAAAGAGCUCUUACUAGAAAACUGGUCUGAAAAAGAUGAAAGGCACCUCCACUCCAUAUUUAGUUAUUAAU